UAUCUGGCCGACGGCUGGGAGAGCUGCAAGCGCUGCAACUCUACGAUGCUGUGUCUGCGUGCUGACUGUGUGUGUGUGUGUGUGUGUGUGUGUGCUCUGCUGCCAUCUGAAUCCUAUAGUGAAAAAUGCAGAGAGGAGCGGAGUCGAUAGCAGCUGAAUGAAUAAUGCAUGGUGCUGGGUUACUAGCACUGCUGUUAGCUUAGCCAGAGCUGGAGGGAACCUGUGGCUUACUCUGUCUCUGACUAUCUGACUGACUGAUAAAAGGAUAACAUGUCCCACUACCAUUUCAUCAAAUGCUGUUGUUUUCAGCUAUGUAACGUGUUUCGUCAGAACAUGGAGAUCGACCAGUGUCUGCUGGAGUCUCUCCCGUUUGGCCAGCGGCAGCGGCUGGUCAGGAGAAUGCGCUGUGACCAAAUAAGGGCGUACUACGAGCGGGAGAACACCCUGCAGAAACCGGGAGGCGGAGUCAAGGUCAAAGCCCCGUCCACCAGCCACAGGAAGAGGCACCGCAUUUGCUUCAGCCUUGAUGAUGUCAUACAGGAUGCCAUCAUACGGCACGAUGACAAAGAAGUGCUGUGUCUGCUGAAGGAGGGAGCUGACCCCAACACUCCUAUCUCCUCUGGUGGUUCUCUUCUACACCUGUGUGCUCGUCAUGACAACGUGUUUGCUGCAGAGGUUUUGAUUGAGCGAGGGCUUAACGUCAACCUGCAGGAUGAGGACCUCUGGACAGCCCUGCACGUGGCAUGUGUGUGUGACCACGCCGACAUGGUGCUGCUGCUAUUGCUGGCUGGGGUGAAUGUCCUACUGCAGGAUGUGAACGGGAACAAUCCACUGGACUACACCACCGAGGGAACUGAGACCAGCUACAUCAUCCGAAAACACCUGGAGGAAAACGUUCCAGGUGUAGAUGUGCCGUCCAUGCACACCAUGCGAACGCAGAGGCCCAGCACCAUGUUGUCUGAUGUUAGACAGCUGGUCUCCAACAGGGGCAGUCUCAACUUACGCAAUGAUGACGGGGUCACUCUGCUCCACAUAGCGUGUGCUAGCGGCUACAGAGAGGUGGUGUCUGUGCUGCUGGAGCACGGGGUGGACCCUCAGCCCUCCGACAACAGCUAUUGGACACCUCUCCACCUGGCUGCCAAAUAUGGACAGACAAGCAUCGUUAGCCAGCUGCUGAAGCACAGAGCAGAUCCAACUCUCCUAAACUGCAACCAAGACAAGCCCUCCGGCAUAGCAGCAUCCGACCCCAUCAUGAACAUGCUGCUGAGAGCAGAGGAAUGCUGGGUAGAGAGACUGAAGGACCCCUCUGUCCCACCGGCCCCUACAGACAAACGCUACGAUGGAGGCGAACACGACCACACCAUCCCCGUCAAGAACCUGACCCCCCUGUCCAUGCCCCUCUCUAAGAGGGACAGUCUGUUGGAGAAGUGUGCCAUGUUCAGGGAGUUGGGAGGGGGGCUGAGCAGAUAUCCUUCACAGGACAACGGUCUAGAUGGACCCACAGGACCCUGCAAACUGGAGCAGGUUAAGCUGAUGCCUCCGGCGCCUAAUGAUGACCUGGCAUCUCUCAGUGAGCUCACAGACAGCAGCCUGCUCUACGAGAUGCAGAAACGCUUUGGCAACGACCAGAUAUAUACCUAUAUCGGACACAUUCUCCUCCUGGUCAAUCCGAACAAAGACCUCCCUAUCUACUCUACACUGGUGAGUCAGUUGUAUCUGAGUUCUUCAGGGCGUUUGUGCUCCUCUCUGCCUCCUCACAUCUUCUCCUCAGCAGAGAGGGCCUACCACAUGAUGCUGCAGGAGCGACGCCCACAAUGCUUCAUCCUCAGUGGGGAGAGUGGUUCUGGGAAGACGGAAGCCUAUAAACACAUAGUGAGACACCUGGCAGUGAGGUCCAACCCCAAAGGCUUCUCUCUUGAGCCCAGGAUGAAGCACGUGAACUGUAUCCUGGAGGCGUUUGGUCAUGCCAGUACUCCUGUGAAUGACAACUCCAGUCGCUUCAUCAAACUCCUCAGCCUGCAGUACUGUGACAAGAGAAGGACACUACUCAGAGCGAGGAUAUACACAUACAUGCUAGAGAAGUCACGGGUGGUCCACCUGCCUAGUCAGCAACACAACUUCAACAUCUUCUACCUGAUGGCUGAAGGCUUGUCGCCUGAGGAGAAGUGUGCCCUGCACCUCAACAACGUCCUAGCUCACAGGUACCUGACUGCAGGUGUUCCAGCAGUAGAUUCCCCUCCUGUGGCCACUGCUUCAACUCAGAGUAGAGACCGUCUCACUGCAAUCAAACAGGCCCUCAGAGCACUGGGCUUCAAUAAACUGGAAGUGGACAGUGUGUUUAUGCUGCUGUCAGCAGUGCUGCAUGUUGGGGACCUGUGCUUCACAGCCCUGACAGACGCUGAGAUAGCCUACCCCUCUGACCUGCAGCUGCUGGAGCGAGUGUCUGGAAUGCUACAGGUGUGUUCUGAUGACCUGAGUACUGCCCUCACCUCUGAUGUGCAGUACUUCAAAGGUGAUGUCAUCACACGCCGCCACACGGUGGAGAUGUCAGAGAACUCCAGAGACCAGCUGGCUAAGGCCGUGUACGGCCGUCUCUUCAGCUUCCUAGUCAACAACAGUAACUACUACCUACAGGGACAGGACCACAGCACGGGAGAUCCAGCGCUUGAGAUUGGAAUCCUGGACAUUUUUGGAUUUGAGGAAUUCCAGAGUAAUGGAUUUGAGCAGCUGUGUGUGAACAUGACCAACGAGCGUGUGAGGCUCUACGUCUCCGAGGUGCUGUUCCAUCAGGAGCAGGCCGAGUGUCUACAAGAGGCCAUCGCCAUGGAGACGCUCCGGUCGCCCAGCAACCAACCUGCUGUUCUAGACUUCUUCCUGAAGCCUCAGGGUCUGCUGUCUGUGAUGGAUGAGGAGAGCCAGUCGCUGAGACCUACAGAACAGACCCUCUACAAGAGACUGCAGUCACACCUCGACAACACACCCACACAUGGUAUCUCUUUGACAACCAAGGACGGCAACGGCAAUCCCCCGCCCAUAGACCAGGGUCCUGCCUUCACUGUGAAACACUACACAGGCCAAAUGGCCUAUGACCUCACAGGAACACUGGUGAAGAACAAGGACUCCCUCCCCCAAAACCUGCUUCUUGUUCUGAAGUCCAGUGAGAGUGUGUUGGUGCAGCAGUUGUUCAAAUCCAAGCUGACCCAGACUGGGUCUCUGGUACCGGGCCAUUCCAGAAUGGCUCUGAGAGGGACCAAAGCAGCCCUGCUCCUUCACAGGAUGUCAUCUCCCUCCAGCCUCUCCCCCGCAGGCCACGAGCCCCGGAGGUACCUGGACCUCACCAAGCUCUUGAAGAAGAAGAAGGGAGCGACCUCUUUCCUGCAGAGGCUGGAGAGGUGUGGUCCAGUUACGGUCGCUGUGCAGCUGAGGAACUCUCUGUCAGAGGUGGUCAGUAAGCUACAGGCGUGCACCCCUCACUUUGUGGAGUGUGUACGUCCCAACAGCAGUGACAUGGCGGACAGCUUUGACAGUUGCCACGUGUCUACCCAGCUGCAGUACGUCGGGGUGCUGGAGAUGGUCCGGAUGAUCCGCUAUGGCUACCCUGUACGCCUGCCCUUCAACAGCUUCCUCACCAGGUACAGAGACCUAGUGGACACCACUCUAGCUGACAAGAAGAAGCUUUCAUCAGAGGAGAAAUGUUGCUUUGUUCUGCAGCAGUGCAAACUCCAAGGAUGGCAGAUGAGCAGCAGUAAGGUAUUUCUGAGGUACUGGCAAGCUGACCAGCUCAAUGACCGCUGCCACCAACUACACAGGAAGAUCAUCAUCUGCCAGAAAGUGAUACGUGGCUGGCUGGCUAGGCAGCGUGUGUGCCAUAGACUGUCGUCCCAGCCGACUGAGGACUGCAGUAUCCAGAGGUUCCUCCAGGGAGCAGAAGACCAGGGCCUGUGCACCUACGACCACCUGGUCAUCCAGAACGCCUCUGACAUCGCCCGCGAGAGCAACCACCAGUGCUGCCAUGGCAACGGGUCACACAGCAACAGUCCGCCCCUCGGUGAGAGGCCCGAGCCAGUUGGCGAAGAGGAGGACACCCCCAAAAGGGUUGUGGAGAAGAGGAGAAACCAAGAUGGUUCUGUCAAUGGGGGGAGCCGGAAUAUCCGCCACUUCCGCUCCAGCUCAGUGCCCAUCCCCCUGGCUAUAGAGAACUUGGUACAUUCCAGCCAUGGCCCAUCCAUCAGACCGGGCCUUCAACAGGCGGCCCAUACCACUGAGGAUGGGGGAGGCCUGGCAUCACCACGGAAACAGCCUCCCCCUAAACCCAAGCGGGACCCCAGCACUCGUCUGAGUGCUUCCUACGAGGCGGUCAGUGCCGGACUGACCCUGGGACCCCCGAGAGAGAGCCCCACUCCUGAGGGCUAUGGGUCCCCUGCAGGGAGCCCCCCCAAAACACAGCUGUCACCUACGGAUGCUCUGUCCAAGCCGCGACCCCACAGUGAUGACUACACAACCAUGAGGAAGGUGCCUCCUCCCAAGCCCAAGAGGAACCCCAACACCAAGCUCACUGGCUCCUAUGAAGAGAUCAACGCUGCCGGCUUUAACCUCCUCCAGCUCCGCCCCACUGAUGUCAAACUGGCCCUGCUGUCCUGCACUGGAGGGCGAGGGGGUAUGGGGUGUCUGAGAGGGCUGAUACAGCGUGCAGCGUCUGUGGAUGGCCCACAGGGGGCGAAACUGAGCCUGCACCAUAACCAGGAUGAGGAGGAUGUGUACAUAGAGAUGGUGGGGGCUCAGGGCAGGAGUUACAGUCGGGGAGGGAGUUACCAGGACCCCCCCGACAGCCCCGAGCAGGGAGACACCGAGGCCGUCUACGAGGAAAUGAAAUACUUCCUGCCCGAGGAGGCGGGCCUUCCUGUGGGAGGGGCAGUUGCUGCGGCGAAGGCAGCUGGGAAGCUGGAGGCGUUAGGGUUGAUGUUAGGUGGGUUAGGGUUGGGAUUGUCUCCCUCUCAGAGUGGAGAGGGGAAGAGGGCAGGGCUGGGGGGUGUAUCUACUACCAUGGAGGCCCAAACAUCUGCCGCCGGAGGAAACAGCAAGCCCCCUCAUAGUAAAGAAGGAGGGUGUGACAUCCCUGCACCAUUCCCCAACCUGCUCACCCACCGCCCCCCUCUCCUGGUGUUCCCCCCCUCCCCUGUCACCUGUUCCCCUGCGUCUGACGAGUCGCCCCUCACCCCUCUGGAGGUGAAGAAGCUGCCUGUGUUUGAGUCCAACCUGAACUACGCCGGCCCAGACAGCCCCCUCUCACCUCAGUACUACCGCCAGCGCGCUGACUCCUCCCCCUCUCUUUCCAUCCUCCUCCCAGACAAGCCCAAUCCUCCCCUCACCCCUCCGCCUCCCCCUCCUCCCGCCAAUACCCUGCCCCCCCCCUAUCGCCCCCCCUCCCACUUUCCCUUCCCCCCAGAGUCCAGCAUACUCUCCCUUACCCGGGCUGCUUCUAUCACAGGUGGGGGUGGCUUGGACUCUCCCAAGCCCUCCUACGCCUCCUCCUCUCAUAGGGCUGCGGGGGACAAGCCCCCUCCCUACUCUCCGGCCAAGUCCACCCGCCCAGAGCCGCGCCGUGCCCACUCCUGCUCAUCCUCACCCCUGCUGUUCAACCCAGCCAACGGAAGACCUCUGACCAGCCCUCAGCCAGCCCUGGAUGAGCUCAACACCCUGUUCAGCUCUGGACGCAGCCUGCUCAAGAAGACCACUACAGGACGCAAGAUGAGGGAGGGAGGGUUCAACUCCAACAUCAACCUGCCAGGGAGAGAUGAGCACCCAGGCUCCACCCCCUCCUCCCCGUCUCCACAGCUACAGGACAAGAACGCCAACAACCACGCCCCCCACUCCCCAAGCCACACCCCCGUAGAGAAUGGCAACCGGCUGUCUAAUGGUUCAAUGGAAGAUGAGGGUCACAUCAAGUCAAACUCCUCCAGCUCAUCGUCUCUGCACAGACAUAUGGACAGACAUCACACCCAGAGGGGUCAUCUCAACUUCUCACCCUUCGGUGCAGGGGCUGCGCUCUAAGGCAAGGGGGCGCUGGGAGCACCCCUCACGUUUAGGGCCUAGGUGAUCCAACAUCUGCGUUGGUGUGGGGGAAACGCGGGUGCUGACCUGGGGGAGGGGCGGGCCGACUGGAGGACCCAACAGGACACCAACGGAACACUACGAAACCCGGAUACUACGCUGGUCUGGGCCAAUAGGAGGUCCUCUCCAUAGUGGGAGGAUGACCGACCGACCACCCCUCUCCUCUCCUCACACAUCCUCUCCUGUCUACACCCUGCCUCCUACCCCUCCCUCCUGCCCAGGUCUGCCACCCCAUUGGGCAAAGGACAGGUCCAUCAUAGAGUGAGACAAUGCAUAAGAUAAGACAAUCCAACCGACAAGAGCAUUUACAAAGAAAGGAGGGAGAAAUGGAAUAGCGUAGCAAUCACAAUCCACGUCCCUCCUUCCUCUCUCUCUCUGUCUCUGUCUCUCUCUCUAUCUCUCUCUCUGUCUCUCUCUCUGUCUCUCUCUCUCUCUCUGUCUCUCUCUGUCUCUCUGUCUGUCUCUCUCUCUCUCUCUCUCUCUCUCUCUCUCUCUCUCUCUCUCUCUCUCUCUCUCUCUCUCUCUCUCUCUCUGUCUCUCUCUCUCUCUCUCUCUCUCUCUCUCUGUCUCUCUCUCUCUCUCUCUCUCUCUCUCUCUCUCUCUCUCUCUCUCUCUCUCUCUCUCUCUGUCUCUCUCUCUCUCUCUCUCUCUCUCUCUCUCUCUCUCUCUCUCUCUCUCUCUCUCUCUCUCUCUCUCACUCUCUCAUCUGAUAGUAGGAGGGGGCUUGGCGUGACAGAGCAGGGAUUGCAGAAGUUCUGUGAACAGGGACUCUCCUCCAGCUCAGAACCCAGAGAGGGAGCCUCGUCAUUGGGCUAGAUCUGUGCCUAUGUGCAGAACAGAGCAUGUGUAUACCCCCCUGUACAUAUCCUCUGUUGAAUCUCACUGGUCUGGUGUUCAGAACAGUCAUCAUCUCUAGGACCAGGAAGUUUUUCAGAUCAUGUGAUCUGAGCAGGUAAAACUCCUGUCUAGUCCUCUGAACUCCUUCAGGUAUCAGCUACCACUUUAGCCUCGCACAUGCAACUAGGUGCUUCAGGUGCUUCUGUAACCAUGGCAACAAUAGAUCAGAGGUCAAGGAGACCCCCAGGUGCACUUCUUUCACCCCCUGCUAGCCACCAGCCUUCCACUUUAGCACAAAACUGUAUGGAAGAGCCACAACAAACACCAUACUGAGUGCAGAUAUGCACUGCCCCCACCGGCCCAGUGAUGGAUACUAAUCCCAGAAAACACGCUAAAAGUAUUACUGACGAGACAACACAAAAGCAAAGCUGUUUUGACAACGAUGGGGAUAGUAGCUGGUUCAUGUAGAAAGAACGCCAUUGGUUAGAUUGUAUCAAUGUUCUGUAAGGUUUUUACUGGCCUUAGUGCCAUAUAACAGGAGGCCAGUCAAACUCAGCUACAGAUAAUGUAUUUUACUGAUGAGUUAAUGUGUAAAGCACACAAACAGACUGAAUAGGGAACAGUGUAGAUGACCAACACACAACUAUCUCUGGCAGUCCCUCAAUGUACUUCUUAUCUAGAUUUAUUUUACAAACAUCUCAUAGAAAUAAACUGUAGUUUCUUCAUAUUAGUACUUUCUUCAUAUUAGUGUCCCAUUCGCACCUGAAUCGUUUGAUGUGUUACAUCUUAUGUAAAACAAUGUUAGGAGUCUACAAGUUUCUGUAGAAUUCAAGGCUGCAACUCAAGCACAACUGAGUUCUCAAGUAAAGCUACCCUCAACCUCCUCAUUCCCCCACCCUGUCUCCUCAUUACCCUCCCAACCUCAAAAAUAUCCCAUCACCGCCUCCAGGAUGCUGUAGGGGUUAGAGGGCGUUGCCAGGGUAACCUCCCUGUAAAUAAUGGCUGACGUUUAAUGUGGUUUUGACUAGAUGAGCUACAGCAUAUGUCAGAAUAGACUUUUCAUAGCAGGUUAGAAUAACGUACGCAGCAGGUAAGGAGAAUUAGGUUGUUAGGAAAAGGGUUAGAGUUAGCUAAAAUGCUGUAUCCAUCUAGCCAAUACCAUUUAAUGUCCAAAUGUUUUAUUUACUAUAGCAGAAGAGCACAGAAAUGGAAAGAUGGAAAGAGAAAAUUGUCUAUAUGGAAGAUAGUUUCAUGCAAUGACUGAGGCAAAGAGCAGAGGUUUAUUUUAUAAUGUGAAUACCUUUUUUUGCCAUAUGAUUGCCUAUUGAUAUGAAACUUCAUUAUGCUGUAUUUAUCUUGUGUGUUUGUUUGUUUCCCUGUGACUCCAUUGUAAAACUGUUCCAGUGGAGAAAGACUGAUGUUUCCAUCAUUUAUUUGUCUGAUUGUUGUUAGGAUGUUAAAUUGCACAAUAUUGAUGUGUGGAGUGGUGUCCACAUCAUAAAAAAGUAGCUAAAAAAUUGCCUUUAACCGCUGAUAUAGGAUCAAAUAUUUUCAACAUCCUCCUAAUGGUUAUGGUUAGGAUUGAGAGAAUGGUAUUCUGAUCCUAGAUCUGUGGUAAGGGGCACCUAACACUGGCCAUGGUAAAUUUGAUGGGUGUGGCUGUGCAAGCCAUUUGAUCAUAGAAGAUUGAUGUGACUGUAAAUCCCAGGAAGUAGCUCUGAUUGUUUUCUCAUGUACACUGAUCAUCCUCCAACACAUCUGAUUGAUCCUUUAAUAGGAAUUAGCAACGCCAUCACAAGCUCUAUCUUGGUUGUUGACCGCACCGUGUGUGUGUGUGUGUGUGUGUGUGUGUGUGUGUGUGUGUGUGUGUGUGUGUGUGUGUGUGUGUGUGUGUGUGUGUGUGUGUGUGUGUGUGUGUGUGUGUGUGUGUGUGUGUGUGUGUGUGUGUGUGUGUGUGUGUGUGUGUGUGUGUGUGUGUGUGUGUGUGUGUGUGUGUGUGUGUGUGAUAAGAAACACUCCAUUUUAAACAGUAAUGAAGCUAGACAACAUCAGACACAGAUUAGGAGUGCGCCACUUAACCAGACAUGGCCGUGCCUGACCUUUGGUGGGGCAGGUGCUCAAAGCAACCCCACACCCUCCACAAAGAUGAACCCUAACUCCACUUUUCUACUGCUCCUGUAGCCAAAUUCUAAUUUGAAUAUAAAAUAUAAAAUAAGCUGUGAUUUUCUGCAAAAGACGGCCCCAUCUCACACAUUGUAGGCUAAGAACGAUAGAACCAAAUAUGAAAAAGGGAUUUCAGUAGCUGUCUGCUAGAACCACUACUGGGGUGGUAACUUCUCACACAUUGUAGGCUAAGAACGAUAGAACCAAGUAUGAAAAAGGGAUUUCAGUAGCUGUCUGCUAGAACCACUACUGGGGUGGUAACUUCUCACACAUUGUAGGCUAAGAACGAUAGAACCAAAUAUGAAAAAGGGAUUUCAGUAGCUGUCUGCUAGAACCACUACUGGGUUGGUAACUUCUCACACAUUGUAGGCUAAGAACGAUAGAACCAAAUAUGAAAAAGGGAUUUCAGUAGCUGUCUGCUAGAACCACUACUGGGGUGGUAACUUCUCACACAUUGUAGGCUAAGAACGAUAGAACCAAAUAUGAAAAAGGGAUUUCAGUAGCUGUCUGCUAGAACCACUACUGGGGUGGUAACUUCUCACACAUUGUAGGCUAAGAACGAUAGAACCAAAUAUGAAAAAGGGAUUUCAGUAGCUGUCUGCUAGAACCACUACUGGGGUGGUAACUUCUCACACAUUGUAGGCUAAGAACGAUAGAACCAAAUAUGAAAAAGGGAUUUCAGUAGCUGUCUGCUAGAACCACUACUGGGGUGGGCUAUAUGAGCUGAUCAUCUCUAAUGUAGGCUAGAUUCAGCUAUAUAAUGUAGGCUAUGUUGUCAAAACAAGCGAACUAGUCUUUACUUGAUUUCAAGUUCUUCUACUGACAAACAGUCGAAUUGCAGUUGCCCCCUUUCCUAUCCCUGACCAUGAGACAACACAUGCUAGCAACUCCAAAGUAACCUACUGCCGAUAUUCAUUUGAAACUCCAUUCCUGGCACCUGUGGGUCGCUAGUUUGUGCAUGUGACAAAGAGUGGGGGAUGGGACUUUCAUCUUUCUUUUAAGAGUUUAUGAAAUGAUCUAGAUUGAUAGUCAAUUUGUUUCAUUUAAAGUUACAAGAGAGAAAAUAAACCAGAAUAAAUGAAUAAAAGUAAUUAGUUAUAAAAAAAAAUUGCCACUAAUCAAAAGGGCACUUUUUUCAUAGGAGGGCAAAAAGGCAGGUGCUCCAGGUCCACUAGGACUCUAUAUGGGUACGUCCCUGCAACCUUCUGAACACCCAAGCUCUGCAUUUCACUGACUGUGUGAAUUUAUGGAUGGUACUGACAGUUAACAUUAUGUUUCUGACUGACAUCACCAAGAGGUAAAACAUAUAGUGAAAACAAUAGUGGUCCUAAAAUGAAACCUUAAGGAACUACUAAAAUGUACAGUUGAUAUGUCAGAGGAAAAUCCAUCCAGAGAGACAAACUGAUAUAUAUUUCCAACAGAUAAGAUCUAAACCAGUCCAGAACUUGUCCGUGUAAACCAAUUUCCAAUCUCUCCAAAAUAAUGUGGUGAUCGAUGGUAUCAAAAGCAGCACUAAGGUCUAGGAGCAUAAGGACAGAUGCAGAGCCUCGGUCUCACACCAUUCAUAGGUUAUUUACCACCUUCACAAGUGCAGGUUCAGUGCUAUGAUGGGGUCUAAAACCAGACUGAAGCAUUUCGUAUACAUUGUUUGUCUUCAGGAAGGCAAAGAGUUCCUGUGCAACAGCUUUUUCAAAAAUAUGUUUGAGAGGAAUGGGAGAUUCGAUAUAGGCCGAUAGUUUUUUUUAUAUAUUCUGGGUCAAGGUUUUACUUUUCAAGAGAGGCUUUAUUACUGCCACUUUUAGUGAGUUUGCUACACAUCUGGUGGAUAAAGAGCCGUUUAUGUUCAACAUAGGAGGGCCAAGCACAGGAAGCAGCUCUUUCAGUUGUUUAGUUGGAAUAGGGUCCAGUAUGCAGCUUGAAGGUUUAGAGGCCAUGAUUAUUUUCAGCAAUGUGUAAAGAGAUAUAGUACUAGAACCUUGAGUGUCUCUCUUGAUCCUAGGUCCUGGCAGAGUUGUACAGACUCAGGACAACUGAGCUUUGGAGGAAUACGCAGAUUUAAAGAGGAGUCCAUAAUUUGCUUUCUAAUGACCAUGAUCGUUUCCUCAAAGAAGUUAAUGAAUUUAUCACUGCUGAAGUGAAAGCAAUCCUCUCUAGUUAGCUUUGCGACAGUAUCAAAAAUAGAUUUUGGAUUGUUCCUAUUUUCCUCAAUUAAGUUGGAAAAAGAGGAAGAUCGAGCAGCAGUGAGGGCUCUUCGAUAUUGCACGGUACUGUCUUUCCAAGCUAGUCGGAAGACUUCCAGUUUGGUGUGGCGCCAUUUCCGUUCCAAUUUUCAAGAAGCUUGAUUAAGAGGUCAGGUAUUUUCUGUAUACCAGGGAGCUAGUUUCUUAUGAGGAAUGUUUUUUGUUUUUAGGGUGCAACUGCAUCUAGAGUAUUGUGCAAGGUUAAAUUGAGUUCCUCAGUUAGGUGGUUAACUGAUUUUUGUACUCUGACGUCCUUGGGUAGGCAGAGGGAGUCUGGAAGGGCAUCUAGGAAUCUUUGGGUUGUCUGUGAAUUUAUAGCACAACUUUUGAUGAUCCUUGGUUGGGGUCUGAGCAGAUUAUUUGUUGCGAUUGCAAAUUGUAAUAAAAUGGUGGUCCGAUAGUCCAGGAUUAUGAGGAAAAACAUGAAGAUCCACAAUAUUUAUUAGGUCCAGCAUAUGACUGUGGCAGUGAGUAGGUCCGGAGACAUGUUGGACAAAACCCACUGAGUCGAUGAUGGCUCUGAAAGCCUUUUGGAGUGGGUCUGUGUACUUUUCCAUGUGAAUAUUAAAGUCACUCAAAAUGAGAAUAUUAUCUGCUAUGACUAUAAUGUCCGAUAGGAAUUCAGAGAACUCAGUGAGGAAUGCUGUAUAUGGCCCAGGAGGUCUGUAAACAGUAGCUAUAAAAAGUGAUUGAGUAGGCUGCAUAGAUUUCAUGACUAGAAGCUCAAAAGACGAAAACGUCUGCGGUUUUUUGUAAAUUGAAUUUUGCUAUCAUAAAUGUUAGCAACACCCCCGCCUUAGCGGGAUGUGCCGGGGAGUUGGUCACUAGUGUAACCAGGAGGUGAGGCCUCAUUUAACACAGUAAAUUCAUCAGGCUUAAGCCAUGUUUCAGUCAGACCAACCACAUCAAGAUUAUGAUCAGUGAUUAGUUAAUUGACUAUCAACCUUGGAAGUGAGGGAUCUAACAUUAAGUAGCCCUAUUUUGAGAUGUAAGGUAUCACAAUCUCUUUCAAUAAUGACAGGAAUGGAGGAGGUCUUUAUUCCAGUGAGAUUGCUAAGGCAAACAUUGCCAUGUUUAGUUUUGCCCAACCUAGGUCGAGGCACAGACACGGUCUCAAUGGGGAUAGCUGAGCUGACUACACUGACUGUGCUAGUGGCAGACUCCACUAAGCUGGCAGGCUGGCUAACAGCCUGCUGCCUGGCCUGCACCCUAUCUCAUUGUGGAGCUAGGGGAGUUAGAGCCCUGUCUAUGUUCGUAGAUAAGAUGAGAGCACACCUCCAGCUAGGAUGGAGUCCGUCACUCCUCAACAGGCCAGGCUAUCUUUUGGGAGGUGCAGAAAACAGUUUUCAACCAGCGAUUGAGUUGUGAGACCCUCAUCACUCCCCCCUAACUGGGAUAACUGGGUGGGUGCCAGAGACAGUUACUCGAUGCCGACAUCUUUCUAGCUGAUUUACACGCUGAAGCUGUGUUGCGCUUGGUGACGACGUGCCGACGUGGAUACCAAUAUCCCUAUACUCUCUACACUCGCCAGUUUUAGCUUAAGCCAGCACCAUCUUCAGAUUAGCCUUAAUUUUGGUAGCCCUGCCCCCUGGUAAACAGUGUAUGAUCGCUGGAUGACUCGUUUUAAGUCUAGUACUGUGGGUAAUGGAGUCGCCAAUGACUAGGGUUUUCAAUUUGUCAGAGCUAAUGGUGGCAGGCUUCGGCAUCUCAGACCCCGUAACGGGAGGAGUAGAGACCGGAGAAGGCUUGGCCUCUGACUCUGACUCGCUGCUUAAUGGGGAGAACCGGUUGAGCAUUCCUACAGCGUUUCCUUCCAGAAGCCAUGAGAAAGUUCUCUGGAUGCGGGGACCGUGCCAGGGGAUUUAUACUACUAUCUGUACUUACUGGUGACUGAGACGCUGUUUCAUCCUUUCCUACACUGAAAUUACCCUUGCCUAACGAUUACGUCUGAAGCUGGUCUUGUUCUCCUGUAUAUUAGUACAGCAACUGCAAUUAGAAGGCAUCAUGUUACUGUUACUACUUUGCUUCGGCUGGUGGAGGUCCUGACAAACCACGUCCAGAUAAAGCGUCCAGAGUGAAAAAGUUUAAUGAAAAAAGUUGAGCGAGGGAAAAACUAAAAAUAUAAAUGGUAAUUUAAAAGUAAAAACCGUAAAGUUGGCAGGUAGCAAAGUAUGGUUGGCAACAAAAUGCACAGCAACACGUAAACAAGUCUACAAGUUGUGACCAGAAAUGACAAAAAAAAACUGUGUUCUACAUGUAUAUCUGACUAUCGGACAGAGUUUACACACACCUAUUACAUUGAGACAGUCCCAGUCAAUAGCAGUAUGAAUCAAUAUUUAUUUUGGGUGUAGGAAGGUGUAGCACUCUUACUUCGAUGUGCUGAAGUCCACCACUAAACAGGGUUCCUCAUGUGUUUAUUAAUCCCAAACCACUAUGAAUUGUAAAGGCUGGUUUAAACUUGGUCUUGAGACAUGUCUGUAGACAAUUAGAAUGUGACAAGUGUUGCUGGUCAAAACAACAUUUCAUUUAUACUCAGGUGGAAUGCCUGUAGACUGUUGGUUCCCUUUUCGGGGACAGAUGAAGCAUGUUCAACUUUGACCCCGUCCAGCGUCUGUUGACAUGUUUACCUCGCUGAGACAGCAACGAAACAGUGCACAAGUUCAACAAUUCUCUGGUAGAAUGCCCUGCUUUUAUUUCGUCAAGCUCAAAACAUUAAGCUGUUUUCUGUAAUUAGCUCGUAAAUAAUUGUAAAUAAUGGUCUUGUUGAUUUUAUUUUCCUGUAAUAAUGAAUAAGAAAUGUGCUGCAGUUAAGAUGUUGUCAGCUAUGAUCUGGUCAUUAUUUAAAUAAGAUAGAAACUAACCAAAACAUUGUUUAGACAGCGUUUAAUUGCCUGGCUUGUCAGAUUAACGUGUACUAAAUGGAUGAGUGCUUCUACAUCUGCACUGCUUGCUGUUUGGGGUUUUAGGCUGGGUUUCUGUACAGCUCUGUGACAUUGGCUGAUGUAACAAGGGCUUUAUAAAUACAUUUGAUUGAUAAGUGUUAAAAUACAGCAGCUAUGCUUUUUGGAGCAUCGGGCUGUGGUGUCAUGCAGCCUGUCUUUUUUGAGUUUAUUCUUUUUCAUAACGACAACGACAAGUUUGAUGUCGGAUGACAAUAGAAUGUUCAUUACGUCACUGGGACUGUCUGCAGACAUGUCGAUAGACCAACUGUAAACCAGCCUUAAAGUGAUGAAAACAUGAAGAGGAUGGAGAAGUAUGGCUACUGUUGUAAGGCAUUUUAGACAGGAUAAGAGUGCUAUGUCUCCUUGCAUGAUCUGACCACUCAUCAUUGCCCUCCGGUGCUCGGGAGUUAACGCUUUACAAUGUGAAUAUCCUUUUAAGCUUUACACUGUGAACCACUGCACACAAUUUCACACUGCCAUUUCACACUGCCAUUUCACACUGCCAAUUCAGAUGUCAAUUCAGAUGUCAUUUCAGAUGUCAAUUCCGACUGCCAUUUCACACUGCCAAUUCAGAUGCCAAUACAGAUGUCAUUUCAGAUGUCAAUUCCGACUGCCAUUUCACUCUGCCAUUUCUUCAAUGUGCUUGUCACCUGUCGAUGUUUCCCCUUCCACAGCAACCUAAAAUACAGUACAAGCUACACACGUAUAUCCCCCUACACACACACACACACACACACACACACACACACACACACACACACACACACACACACACACACACACACACACACACACACACACACACACACACACACACACACACACACACACACACACACAUACACCAUAUCCUCAAUGUGUGUCAUAUCCUCAAUGUCUGCCAUUUUUCAUUCAUAGUCAGAUAUCCCUUUAUCAUAAUGUUCCUAGAUCAGAUGUCUGGUGCUACAACCAGAGCAGAAUGGGCAUUGUGCUGUUCACAGUCCAUGUACUGUAUUCCAAUGACACUGUAUAUUUUAGUACAUGGGCAUAUCACUGCCUUGUUGUAAUGGUUGUUGUUGUUUUCCUGUCUCUUCCCCCUCUUUUUGGAAAUUACAUACAGUAUGUUUUACCUGCACACAUUGUGUGUAAAAAAGAACAAAAUAUGAUAUAUGUGUUGUAUCAUACUUUUUUUCAUAAAUACCUGUACAGCAAUAAAGCACAAUUGUGUCCAUUCCCUUG